UCUUUUCAUAACCUCACUUAAUUCAAAAACAAAAUGUGGUUUUGAAACUUUUCCUUUAGGUAUUUUUACUGAAAACAACAUAGAAGUGAAUAUAAUAUUCCCAAUAAUAUUAUUUGGGAUAAAAAAAAUUAUUUUAAAAUGACAAGAUUCGCAAGAGCCAAAGGUUCUAAGGCUUCGAACGAAAGAUUGCCAGAACCUGCUACUUCAUGGAGUCAAAUGAAAGCAGAGCUUCUAAACAAGAAUAAUGAGCUUGCAGAGAAGAAAGAACGCGAGAAAGCUCUAAAACAACGCCAGGAAAACUACCAAAAAUUUUUAGAUCAAAAGGAACAGGAAGAAGAAAAACAAAUCUCAUGGGCAGAUUUUCCAACAUCAGAUAACCAUCUAGAGUCAAAAAAAAGAAAAAGAUUUAGUGAUUUAAAUAAGAGUGACAGUGAAAUUAAGAAAAAAAUUAAUAAGAACCAAAACUGUGCCAAUAUAAAAAUAGAAACUCCUGAUUUAAUGGGAUUAGAUUCAGAUGGUGACUCGGAUGGUCAAUUUUCAGCUUUAAAGCUAAAAUUGGAUAAAGUCCUCGAUCAAAAAGGUAAUGACAGUGAUGAUGAACCACCUGAAGAAGCUAGCAUUACAGAAAAACCAGAAGAAAUUGUUGUUAAAAAGCCGAAACUGACAAAAAAAAAGUUAAAAAUAGUUGUAGACAAAGAGCAGCAAAUUUCAAAUGAGGCAAAUACUAGCCCAAUAAUUACAAAUGGGGUUCAAAGUGAUAAAUCUAAUAAAAGUUCAAUUAAGCCAGAACAUAAAAUUGAACUUUCUGAAAAAAGUAAAAAACUAAUUGAAAAGAAAUUGGAAAGAAAAAGGAAACAAAAUGAAACAAAAAUUCUUAAAAAGCAAAAGAAAAAUAAUACCGAUAAUACCUUAAAAAAAGCCAAUACACCAAAUGAGGAAAAUCAAACAGUAACACCAAAACCUUCUAUCAGUGGCACUUCAGAUGAAGAGUUCUUGAAAAAAAAACAGAAAAAGCUUGAAAGAAGGAAGAAACAAAAAGAAAAAAAAAGUAAAAUGAUGAAACAGGCAUCUAAAGAAUCAGUUGAAGACAAAAAGGAAGUCUUAAGUGAGAAGGACCUGUUAAAAAUUCAAAGGAAAAAAGAAAGAAGAGCCAGGCAAGCUGAUAAAAGAAAAAAGAUUAAGGAGGCAAAGUUACUGGCUGAACAAAAUACAGAACUCAGCCAAGAAAAUAAGGAUGAAACUAAACCAACUUUCAAGAAAGUGAAAGAUUCAGCUGAACAAAAUGAAUAUAUUAAGGAGGAAAAUGAACAGAAGCAUAAAAUACCUUUUGACAAUGGAAAGGCUUCAGCAGAAGAGAAGAAAAAUGUACUUCAUAAUGGAGAACAUGAGCCUCAAAAUGGUUAUACCAAACCUCCUUUGAACAAACAAAAAAAACUAUUACAGAAACCUCAGAACCAGAAGAAAGCAAAACCAAGAGAUGACAAAGAGCACCAAAGUAAAAAAGAUAAACCAGAAAAAAUGAUAAUCAAUGGAAAAGAAAUUGAAAUUGGUUAUGUUGAGGGUUUCCCAGUUAAAAAAGAAGAUGCUGACAGGUUGAAACGCCUAAGGAAAGAAAUGAUCAGCAAAGGGCUGCCCAGAAGUGAAAUUAAUGCUUCCUUAAAGCUCGAAAGGCGACGUGCAGAAAAGGCUUUGGCAAGAGAAAAGAAAUUUGUAUGUUUCAACUGUAGAAAAUCUGGACACAAUCUGUCUGAGUGUCCUGAACUAGACAAGGAUCAAGUAGCACAAACAGGUACAGGCAUUUGCUUUAAAUGUGGAUCAACAGAACACACCCACUUUGAGUGCAAAGUAGUAAGGGGACUAGACUACAAGUUUGCUACAUGCUUUAUUUGCCAGGAGCAAGGGCAUAUAGCCAAACAAUGUCCCGAUAAUCAAAGAGGGUUGUAUCCUAAAGGAGGCUCUUGCAAAGUAUGUGGAGAUGUGACUCAUCUAAAAAAAGAUUGCCCCAAGUACCAAGCUCAACAAGCACAACUUCAAAACAGUCUCAAUGUAGGAACAAUGGACAGUGGAAAUCCAGAUGAUUUGGAUAGUAAUUCACACAGUAAUUCAUUUGGCGGAAGUGGGAGAAAGAUAAAUAAAAUUAUAAAAUUUUAACCUUUUCACAUGAUUGUAAAUAGUAUGGUCAAUAGUUGAUAAGUAUAAAGUAACAUUUUAAUGAUUACUAAUAUAUAUAUUAUGAUGAUUGUUAGAAGUUUGGAUUAUAUUUGUUAAUUGUAACCAUUGACAGGAAUUAAAAGUUGCUAUUGUAAUAA